GACCGCGCCUUUCGGGAGAGAGGGGCUUCCAGCGUCCUUAGUGCCCGGUGGGCGUCUCAAGGCUGAGAGCGCCAAGGGGUCGUGGGCGUGCUGGGGCACCCACUCUGAGGGCUGAGAACAUGGUGGGCGAGGGCAGGCUUGUCCUGCUCGAGAUCGUGCGUCAGUGUCUUCCCUAAGGCAGCCUCGCGGCCCCAGCUGCCAUGGGAAUCUUGGGACAGGGGCACAGGAGGGACUUGAGGUCCCGCGGUCAUCCUGAUUCCUCCAGGAUAUGGGCCACUCCCAUUUGCAGAGGCUGGGAGGACUGCAGAUGGGCGUAUCCCUGUAAAGGUGCAAGGCUGGGCACAGACCUGGUGAACUCCUUGGCCUGGGGCCGGCCUGGUCUCUCCAGGUGAGCUCCUGGCUGCAGGAGGGGGCAGGGCCGCCCGCUCUGAGCUAAUUCGGAAGAGUAGGAAGCGGAUGACGUCACUGCGCACGUGGGCGAGCUACGCCUCCACCGGUUGCCAUGGCAGCGGCAAUCUCUCCGCGGCUCCCCGGGGACACCUGCUGGUCCACUGGACUCUCAUUCACGAGAGGGAAGGACAGGCCUGCCUUUGAGGCCUCCCAGGCAGGGCGAGAGAACGACCCGGGCUUCAGUGCCCGGCACCCCUGGGUUGGACCUAGUUCUGCCGCCUCCUGGCCGGGAGGCCUUGGCCGUUACGUCCUCUCUCUCAGCCUCUUUCCUCCUCUGAAACAGGGACACAAGACAGUCCAGUUCAUGGGACUGCAGGAAUGAAUGGAAGCCCUGGGCUCAGUGCGGCAGGCACUGGGUGCUGGCACGUGGGCCGCGUCCCGGCAUUCUUGGAGUUAGGGAAUUUUACAUUCAGGAGACGCUGGCAGUGAUUGUCCUGACGCCCCUUUAGUUCUUCACCUAACUGUAGGCUAGAAAGCACUCACCAUUCUGUUACAGCUGCCAGCCCAGAGCAAGGACAGCCUCUAGAGAGCUCUGAAAACGGACGUUGCCUCCAGGUGGUGGAAUACUGCACAGCAGGGCAGCAGGGGAAAAAUGAGGGGUGGAGCUUCCGUCCUGAUCGGCAAGACUGCAAUGGGAAAAAAGUUCAGAACAACCUUCUCCGGGGGCUACGUGCACGUGCUGAAGGGUGUGCUGUCAGAUGACCUCCUCCUCAAGAGCUUCCAGAAGAUGGGCUACGUGCGCAGGGACAGCAACCGGCUCAUGGUGACUGCCCUACCCCCUGCCUGCCAGCUGGUGCAGGUGGCCCUGGGCUGCUUCGCCCUCCGGCUGGAAUGUGAGAUCCUGGGUGAGGUGCUGGCCCAGCUGGGCACCAGUGUGCUGCCAGCUGAGGACCUGCUGCAGGCGCGGCGUGCCAGUGGGGAUGUGGCCUCCUGUGUGGCCUGGCUGCAGCAGCGGCUGGCCCAGGAUGAGGAGCCGCCACCCCUGCCCCCCCGAGGAUCCCCUGCUGCUUACAGGCCCCCACUAGACUUAUACCGGGACCUGCAGGAGGACGAGGGCUCCGAGGAUGCCAGCCUCUAUGGGGAGCCAUCACCAGGUCCUGACUCGCCCUCGGCGGAGGUGGCCUACAGGCCACCACUCUGGGAGCAGAGUGCCAAACUGUGGAGCCCUGAGGGCCGGGCCUGGGAUCCCCCAGCUGAGGAGCUGUCGCAGGCCAGCACCCCACCCUACGGGGCCUUGGAGGAGGGGCUGGAACCCGAAUCCUCCGCCUUCUCCUUCCUCUCCCUGCGCAGUGAGCUGAGUAGGCCUGGAGACCUGGCCACUCCCGAAAGCUCUGCGGGGGCCAGCCCCAGGCGCAUUCGGGCUGAGGGCGUACCAGCCUCAGCCUACAGGUCUGUCUCUGAGCCCCCAGGCUACCAGGCACACAGCUGCCUGUCUCCUGGUGCCCUGCCUACCCUCUGCUGCGACACGUGUCGCCAGCUGCAUGCUGCACACUGCGCGGCCCUGCCCGCCUGCCGCCCCGGCCACUCCCUGCGCGUGCUGCUUGGCGAUGCCCAGCGGCGCUUGUGGCUGCAGCGUGCACAGAUGGACACCCUGCUCUUCAACAGCCCCGGGGCCCGGCCCUAGGCCAGGUGGGCCCCGGGUCAAGGGCUCUUGGGAGACAGCUCCCGUGGUGCUUCUCUUUCCUGGGGAGGGGUCUGGGCCUCCUACGGCCUGGACCUCUGGUUGCUUUGCCCCUGGGACUUCGAGGGUCCAGGCCAGCCUCUGCUGGAGGCGGGACUCACCCUGUAUAUGGAAUGCUUGGAAGGCUAUAGGCCUCAGCUGGCCGGCAGGCCGGAACCUUUCCACAUUUCUCUGUCCUCGGAACUCAGACCCAUGUCCACAUGUGCUGGGUAGAGGGGUCCAGCCUGUUCUAGCCAGUGCCUGAACCUGUCCCCAGGGCUGGCAGCUCCUGGCCGGCUCCCUGCAGUGCAGGGCUCAGAACUUCAGGGCCCUCCAGGGGUCCCAGGUCUUCUCCACACAGGAGUGUCCUCGAGGGUCUGUUGGUGACACCAAGGCCCCCCCAAGCUCUGCUAGGGCCCAUCUGGGGGGCUCUGCUGAGUGUAUGGCUGACCUGGCUUUGGGGACACUGGCCCUCCCCUUGGAUGUCACAUCAGCUGGGCUCACAGAGAGGGAAUGACCUCAGCCCAGACAUGGAGGUGCCUGAGAGUUGCAGGAAUGGAUAGCAGCUGACAGCCAGGCAGGCCCUGAGUGUCACUGCUACUGGGCAGAGGGGCCUUGCAGGUCCGCCUGGUUUUGGUGGGUCCUGUGGUAACAGGACCUUCCCUCCCUUCCCUUGGGUGCAGCCCACAGGCUGGACAGAAGUGGCUCUGCCCUGAAUACCCUCUUGGGUCCGGUGAGGGAGGGCCAGGCACAUCCACUGCGACAGCCCUCUGGGGUGACCUCCCUGACCCCAAAGCUGAGCCCACUCUCCUGCCCCUACCCCCAGUCCUCUCCUCCUGGCAAACUCAUAAGGCACUGUCGACAUCAGAGCACAUUAAAUGCUGGUGAAACCA